AAAAAAAAAUAAUAAAACUUAACAGAAAUAAAUAAAAAAAAUAUUAAAAUAACAUUGUAGACUAUUUAAAACAAUAUCUAAUUAUAAACGCAAUGAAACAACAAAUAAUGACCGUGAUAAAUAAAUAAACAGCGCAAUAAGCCAGAGUACCAACUAAAAAAACUAAAACCGUGGGUGUGGUAUAACCAAAAAAUUAAUUAUUAUUUAUUUUAACAUGUGGUUUGUAAAUAAAUGGUUCACCAUAGUCGAGUUAUAAAUAAGAAACCAUUUCAUAAUUAUCAACCAAGCGAAAUUAUUCGCAAGUGAUUCAAUUUUUGUGACAGCACCUGGACAUUAAAAUCUACAUUUGCACAAUUUUUAAUGAAUUUGAAUGCAUAAUGGACGAUAUUUCACUAUACGAGUCAACAAUUUGUCGAUUGUGUGCUGAAAAUAAUUCCAAUGGAGUUAAUUUGUUUACUGAUAACGAGGGAGAUCCAGCUCUAAGUACUCUUAUUAACCGAUUUCUACCAUUAAAGGUCCAAGAUGAUGGAAAAUUACCGACGACUAUUUGCCCAGGGUGUAACAUUCAGCUGGAGUCGACGAUGCAAUUUUUUAAUUUGCUAAUUGAGGGUCAAAAAAAAUUGCGCGAUUUAUUGAAACAAGAAAAUGAAUUAAAAAAAAAUGAUCGGUUGAAAAUAAAUGACAAUCCGUUGGAGCAGUCGAAUCCUGAGUCAAUGGAGUUGGUAAAUUUCGAGCAAAAGGAUGAAAAUUAUGGUCAAAGAAUAAUAAUAAGUAUGCUACCAGACGGCUCGAUGUACGCAGCAGAACACGACAUGAGCCUUCAGAUGGAAGGCCUAGAAAAGCCUCGAAGAAAGCGAGGCCGACCGCCUAAAAUCCACGUGGAUGGUAUCAAGGAAGAAGUAUUGGAGACCAGCCAGGAAGACGAAGACAAACAAGACGACUACGACGACGAGCUGGACGGUGACGGUAGACGGAGACGUAAGCGCAAGAUCCCCAAGCGUUUUUCCGAAGUCGUCCGGGGAAAAGAGCUAGAGAGGAUUUUCAAAGAAGAGGGAGUCAUUGACGAUGAAGAAUACACAAGAGACCACGAGCUGGAUGACAAAGACAAGCACUUACCUCUUCCCGAUGGCAAUGUCGAGGUGAUUGGCCACACUGAGUCCCACGACGGAGAAGACCUCGGCGAGUUGAUUAUCAUGAACCGCGGUCGGGGUCGCGGGAGACCCAAGACCAGGCACAAAAAGGCUAAACAUAUUUGCAACACUUGCGGCCGCGCGUUCCAACAGCGUCACCGGUACAUUAUGCACAAGAGCAGUCACUUGGGUGACAAAUACGAGUGUCUCGAGUGCAGCAAGCAGUUCACAAUACUGGACAAUUUUCUGGCGCAUCAGAAAACUGAGGAGCACACUGGUAAGAGAAUUAUUAAAAAUAAUUGCACUAAUGAGGAGUACUUGCAAGAUUUCGGGGAAAUUAUUGAUGAUGUCAAUGAUUCCGCGGAUGCGCUUGAGUCUGAUGACAAAGAUAUGAAAAAUAUGAAAGUACAAAGCUUGGAUGAGGAUAUCAAAGAUGAUAUUGAUGAAAAUAGCAAUGAUAAUAAUGGUAAUGAUGAUAAUGAUGGGAAUAUUUAUGAUGAAUUUAAAGAGAACGAAUCAAAAGAUGUAAAAGAAUACAUGUGUGAUAACUGCGAAGAAACUUUUACAAAUUUAGACACUCUUGAAGGUCACAUUAAAAAAUUCCACAAUAAAGAUAAUCCAUUUGUGUGUGAAGUCUGCGAGGAGACAUUUGCGUCUGAGGAAAAUCUGAAGGUUCAUGUGUCUACUCAGCAUUUCACGAACCCUAAGAAGACCAACAAAGCUUGUAUCUGUGACAUCUGCGGUAAAGUACUGAACCACCCUAGCUCAGUGGUGUACCACAAGGAAGCUGAGCACAACAAUGGCCGGAAAUUCGUGUGCAAUAAAUGUGGCAAGAAUUUCAAGCACAAGCAGCUUCUCCAGCGGCAUCAGCUGACGCAUUCUCAGGCUCGGCCGUUUGUUUGCAAGCUGUGUGACGCCAGUUUUAAAACCAAAGCGAAUUUGAUAAACCACCAGUCGACGCACACUGGGGAAAAAAAGUACCGGUGUACUCAGUGUGAUCGACAGUUUGCACACAAGACCAGCUUGACUCUGCACUACCGCUGGCACAACGGAGAAAAACCUUACAGGUGUGAAAUCUGCGGGAAACAUUUUUCUCAAAAUGGCAAUUUGCAAGAACACUUGCGAAUUCACACUGGAGUUAAGCCUUAUGAGUGCGAUGAGUGUCAUAGAAGGUUCACAACUUCUUCGCAGUUUAAAUUGCACCAGAAGCGACACACUGGGGAGAGACCUUGGAAGUGUGAGUUCUGUUUCAAGACUUACUUGCAUAAAGACACUUGGAAAACUCACCUAAGGAGACACAAUGAGGAAAAACCCUUCCAGUGCACGGAUUGCGAUCGUUCUUUUACUGAGCAGUGGGCGUUGAAGAAACACAUUCGCACCCACACUGGUGUCAAGCCUUACAAGUGCGACAUCUGCGAGAAGCGGUUCGCAGACUGCUCCAAUCUUACCAAGCACAAGCGCAUCCACAGAGAGCACAAAAAUCUCCCCGUGGGAGGUGUCAAGACAGAAAUUUCUAGAGUGAUUAAUAAUAAUGCGGCUGAACAUGGAGCUGGUGUAGAAGCUGGACAGGUUUGGCAGAUCUACCCGGCCCAAGAAGCUGAAAACUCUAUUGAGUUGCAGCAGGUGAUCACCGAGGAGGGCGCUGAGGAGAACCAGCCGGUUAUUUAUCAGGUGUCUUAUCAAGACCCGAAUGACCCGAGUCAGUCCAGGACGCUUCAAUUGAGCACCAUUGAGGGAAAAGAGCUUCUGUCUUCGCUGCAGGUUCAGGAACAGCUGGUCAAGCCCAACACUUCUCAAGAAGAAAUUGACUUCUCUGACCAGAGGUUCCUCCAGAUUACUGACGCCGAGGGGAAUCCCAUUACUCUGACAUAUCAUGACGCUAAACAGCUGAUUGCUCACAGUGGGUUCGGGCAGCACAAUGGGCAGAUUAUUCGAGUACAGUCGGAGGUUCCUGAAGAGAUUCCUAAUCAGUUGGCUAUCCAUAUGCGCCAGACUUUAGCUGAAGAUGUCACGCAACAAAAUAUUGCGCUGGAUGACAACACAGCGCUUGUUAAAGUUCUGGAGGAUGAUUCUGGUGAGCAGAUUAAUGGCUCUGCUCCGGGGACUACUUAUAUUCAUGUCCCUACUACUGCACAUUUUUACACCUCGGUGUUGGCGAAUCCGGGGGAUGAAUAUGUCUCUAUUAUGUAGAGUUCCUGAUAGCCACGCUUUUUU